ACUAUUUCUAAACUCCACCGGCAGUCGCCAUCUUCUUCGAUAAGGCAGGGUGGGUAAGCUCUGCAAACCACCGGCUCGGACUAUAUCGGCAGGAAACUAGUUCUUUCGUCCAGUGCAAACCAAAAUUAAGUGUUUUGGCUUUAGGCCAUGUCACAAAUUUUACCAAUUCGAUUUCAGGAGCACCUGCAGCUCCAAAAUGUUGGCAUCAAUGCGGCCAACAUUGGAUUUAGCACUCUUACAAUGGAGUCGGAUAAGUAUAUCUGUGUCCGUGAAAAGGUGGGUGAUCUGGCACAGGUGGUCAUUAUUGACAUGAAUGAUACAGCAAACCCAAUCCGCCGACCCAUUUCAGCUGACUCUGCCAUAAUGAACCCCACUAGCAAAGUCAUUGCCUUGAAAGCUGGGAAAACGCUUCAAAUAUUUAACAUUGAAAUGAAGAGCAAGAUGAAGGCUCAUACCUUGACAGAAGAUGUGAUCUUUUGGAAGUGGAUUUCAGUCAACAUCAUUGGUCUGGUCACUGAAAGUUCUGUCUACCAUUGGGCAAUGGAAGGUGAUUCACAGCCUCAGAAAGUUUUUGAUCGCCAUUCUACCCUUGCGGGAUGUCAGGUCAUCAAUUACCGCACAGAUGCCAAACAGCAGUGGCUGUUACUGAUUGGCAUAUCCGCACAGCAAAAUCGAGUUGUGGGAGCUAUGCAGCUGUACUCUGUGGAACGCAAGGUCAGUCAACCCAUUGAAGGCCAUGCUGCUUCCUUUGCCAAUUUCACAGUGGAAGGAAAUCCAAAUCCAUCCACCCUAUUUCUGUUUGCGGUUAGGGGACCACAGGGUGGAAAGCUGCAUGUUAUUGAAGUAGGACAGCCACCACAAGGUAAUCAGCCUUUCACAAAGAAGGCUGUGGAUGUGUUCUUUCCAGUAGAAGCACAGAAUGAUUUCCCAGUUGCUAUGCAGACCAGUCCCAAACAUGGAGUGGUGUUCUUGAUUACAAAGUAUGGCUACAUUCACUUGUACGAUGUUGAGACGGGAACAUGUAUUUACAUGAACAGAAUAAGUGGUGACACCAUUUUUGUCACUGCUCCCCAUGAGGCCACUAGCGGUAUCAUUGGAGUCAACAGGAAAGGACAGGUGUUGUCGGUGAGCGUAGAAGAAGAAAAUAUAGUGCAGUACAUCACCAACACCCUUCAAAACCCUGACCUGGCCCUGAAGAUGUCAUCCCGCUGUAACCUGCCUGGAGCCGAAGACCUUUUCGUUCGCAAAUUCAACAACCUCUUCCAGAGCGGACAGUAUCAGGAGGCUGCCAAAGUUGCUGCCAGUGCCCCUAAGGGAAUUCUACGCACACCACAAACUAUCCAGCGCUUUCAGCAAGUACCAGCUCAGGCUGGCCAGACGUCACCACUGUUGCAGUACUUUGGCAUCCUUCUGGACAAGGGGCAGUUGAACAAGUAUGAGUCACUUGAGCUGUGUCGCCCAGUGCUACAGCAAGGGCGCAAGCAGCUGCUGGAAAAGUGGCUCAAAGAAGAUAAGCUGGAAUGCUGCGAGGAGCUUGGAGACUUGGUAAAGCAGGCAGAUCCAACUCUUGCAUUGUCAGUUUAUCUGAGGGCUAAUGUGCCGCAAAAAGUGAUACAGUGCUUUGCCGAAACAGGCCAAUUCCAGAAAAUCAUCUUGUACUCCAAAAAAGUAGGAUUCACUCCAGAUUACAUCUUCCUGCUGCGUAACAUCAUGCGCAUCAAUCCAGAACAGGGCUUGCAGUUUGCGCAGCUGCUGGUGGCAGAUGAUGAGCCCUUGGCUGACCUGAACCAAAUUGUGGAUGUUUUCAUGGAAUUCAACUUGAUUCAGCAAUGCACAUCUUUCUUGCUGGAUGCUCUGAAAAACAAUCGUCCAGCAGAAGGGCCACUUCAGACACGCCUUCUCGAAAUGAACCUUAUGUCAGCUCCUCAGGUUGCAGAUGCCAUUCUUGGAAACCAGAUGUUCACUCAUUAUGACCGAGCUCACAUUGCCCAGUUGUGCGAGAAAGCAGGCCUUCUUCAGCGGGCCUUGGAGCACUACACAGAUUUGUAUGACAUCAAGCGAGCUGUAGUACAUACACACCUUCUUAACCCAGAAUGGCUGGUGACCUAUUUUGGAUCACUUUCGGUGGAGGAUUCAGUGGAAUGUCUAAAGGCCAUGCUGACAGCUAACAUUCGCCAAAACCUGCAAGUGUGCGUGCAGAUUGCAUCCAAAUAUCAUGAGCAGCUCACAACUGAGGCUCUCAUUGAGUUGUUUGAGUCUUUCAAAAGCUAUGAAGGUCUCUUCUACUUUUUGGGAUCAAUUGUCAACUUUAGUCAGGAUCCAGAUGUGCAUUUCAAGUACAUACAGGCUGCUUGCAAGACUGGUCAGAUCAAGGAGGUGGAGCGCAUCUGUCGUGAAAGCAACUGUUAUGACCCUGAACGCGUCAAAAAUUUUCUAAAGGAGGCCAAAUUGACAGAUCAGCUGCCAUUGAUAAUCGUCUGUGACCGUUUUGACUUUGUGCAUGACCUUGUGCUGUAUUUGUACCGCAACAACCUGCAAAAGUAUAUUGAAAUCUAUGUGCAAAAGGUAAACCCAGCUCGGCUACCUGUAGUUGUUGGUGGUUUGCUAGAUGUGGACUGUGCUGAGGACAUCAUCAAACAGCUGAUCCUUGUGGUCAGGGGGCAGUUCAGCACUGAUGAGUUGGUGGAGGAAGUGGAAAAGAGAAACAGACUCAAAUUGCUUCUUCCCUGGCUGGAGACCCGUGUUCAUGAGGGGGUAACAGAGCCUGCCACACAUAAUGCUUUGGCCAAAAUCUACAUUGACAGCAACAACAACCCAGAGAGAUUCCUGAGGGAGAACCAGUUCUAUGACAGCAGAGUGGUGGGAAAAUACUGUGAGAAGCGCGAUCCACAUUUAGCCUGUGUUGCCUAUGAGAGGGGACAGUGUGAUGAAGAACUUAUCAAGGUCUGCAAUGAAAACUCCUUGUUCAAGAGUGAGGCAAGAUAUCUGGUUAGGCGACGUGACCCAGACCUUUGGGCCGUAGUACUGCAGGAGACUAAUGAAUAUCGCAGACAGCUUAUAGACCAAGUUGUGCAGACAGCUUUAUCAGAGACCCAGGAUCCAGAAGAAAUUUCUGUUGCUGUGAAGGCUUUCAUGACUGCUGACCUUCCUAAUGAACUUAUUGAGCUGCUGGAGAAGAUUGUGCUUGAAACUUCAGUUUUCUCUGAGCACAGAAACUUGCAGAAUCUCCUGAUCCUGACAGCCAUCAAGGCAGACCGCACCCGUGUCAUGGAAUACAUCAAUCGCCUAGACAACUAUGAUGCUCCUGAUAUUGCCAACAUUGCAAUCAGCAAUGAAUUAUACGAAGAAGCUUUCGCAAUCUUUAAGAAGUUUGAGGUCAACACAUCAGCUAUUCAGGUGUUGAUAGACAAUGUCAACAACCUUGACCGAGCCUACGAGUUUGCAGAGCGUUGCAAUGACCCAGCAGUUUGGAGCCUUUUGGCACGUGCACAGUUGAACCAGGGCAUGGUAAAGGAGGCUAUCGAUUCAUACAUUAAGGCAGAUGACCCAUCCCAAUACAUGGAAGUUGUACAGGUCGCCAGUAGCAACAACAACUGGGAGGAGCUUGUGAAGUUUCUUCAGAUGGCUCGGAAGAAGGCAAGAGAAACAUUUGUGGAGACAGAACUGGUCUUUGCUUAUGCCAAAACCAACCGACUUGCUGACAUGGAGGAAUUUAUCUCUGGACCCAACCAUGCGAACAUCACUCAGGUUGCAGAUAGAUGUUUCGACAACAAGAUGUAUGAGGCUGCCAAACUUCUGUACAACAAUGUGUCUAACUAUGCGCGACUUGCCAUUACGCUGGUGCAUUUGGGUGAAUACCAGGGAGCUGUUGAUGGGGCACGUAAAGCCAACAGCACCAAGACUUGGAAGGAAGUUUGCUUUGCCUGUGUAGAUAAUGAAGAGUUUAGGUUAGCUCAGAUGUGUGGUCUGCAUAUAGUGGUGCAUGCUGAUGAGCUGGAGGAACUGAUCAACUACUACCAGGAUAGAGGAUAUUUUGAGGAGUUGAUAGCUUUACUAGAGGCAGCUUUAGGUCUAGAGAGAGCACACAUGGGCAUGUUCACGGAACUGGCCAUUCUCUACUCCAAAUACAAACCUGAGAAAAUGCGAGAGCACCUGGAGCUCUUCUGGUCUAGAGUUAACAUUCCUAAGGUGUUGAGAGCUGCAGAGUCGGCACACUUGUGGCCAGAACUGGUGUUCCUGUAUGACAAGUAUGAGGAGUAUGACAAUGCUAUUUUGACCAUCAUGACCCACCCGACUGAAGCAUGGCGUGAGAGCCAAUUCAAAGACAUCAUCACUAAGGUUGCCAACAUAGAGCUGUACUACAGAGCAAUACAGUUCUACCUAGAUUUCCGCCCUCUGCUUAUUAAUGACCUCCUUUUGGUUCUCACUCCUCGUCUCGACCACACACGUGCCGUGAAUUACUUCAUGAAGGUAAACCAGAUCCCACUUGUGAAACCAUACCUGCGAUCAGUACAAAAGAACAACAACAAAGCCAUAAAUGAAGCCCUAAACAACUUAUUUAUUGAAGAAGAAGAUUAUCAAAGUCUACGAGCUUCUAUUGAUGCAUAUGACAACUUUGACAACAUCUCUCUGGCCCAGAGGCUUGAGCGUCAUGAGCUUAUAGAGUUCCGUCGCAUUGCUGCAUAUCUCUACAAGGGAAAUAACCGCUGGAAGCAGUCUGUUGACCUGUGCAAGAAGGACAAACUGUUUAAGGAUGCGAUGAUGUAUGCCAGUGAAUCACGCCUGGUUGAAAUUUCUGAAGACUUGAUUGAGUGGUUCUUGGACAGUGGUAAUCAUGAAUGCUUUGCAGCCUGCCUGUUCCAGUGUUAUGAUCUGCUGCGACCUGAUGUUAUCCUAGAGUUAGCAUGGCGACACAACAUUCUAGACUUUGCCAUGCCUUACAUGAUACAGGUCAUGCGAGAGUACAUAACCAAGGUGGACAAACUGGAGCAGUCAGAGGCUGUUAGAAGUGAGGAGGAACAGAAGAUUGAGGAACGCCCCAUUGUUCUGGGUGAGCCACAGCUGAUGCUGACAGCUGGUCCUGCAUCUAUGAUGGGCAUACCUCCUGUACAGCCUGCUUAUGGAGGUGCCUAUGGUGCCAUGCCUCCUGGAGCCAUGCCUGCAGGUAUGCCUGCCUAUGGCUACAGCAUGUAAAUGUACCUCAACGUAGACUUCAAAUAUUUUGUGGCUCAUGGGACACAAGCAUGCUCUGAGGAACUGCAUCCUGGCUUUCUCAAGAAUGUGGUUGUCAGGUAGAAGGUGGUGUAAGGAGAGGCGAGAAGGCCCAGAAAGCAGUUUUCCAGCAAUGUGUAUUGGGACAUUUGAAGGUGAAUGAAUAGAACUGGAUGCAAGAAACUGAUGAAUGGAAACGUUGCUAUGUAUAUUGAGUGAUGUACACUUUUUUCCUCCCAUUUCGCAGCAAUCAUGAUUGGUUAUGUAACUGGACUAGGAUGUAAUGUAUGUGAUUUGUUUCUAGACACACACACAUUGAUAGCCUCUGUCUGUUGAAUAAGCGAGUCUGAGUGUGUUUGUGGAAGUUCAUUUCAAAGCUACAGUGCAAAUUAACAAGGAUGAACUUGAUUCAGUUAGUCAAAUAACCAUGAAAGAACUUUCAAAUCUUUCAAGAAAACACAUUCCCAGUUAACUUUGUGUGCACCUGCCUGAGUCAUAAGUUUAGCUUGAAGUCCUUGACAUUUUUUUAAAAAUAAAUUUUUAGAACCUACAUUCAAAAUACGAAGAUUAAGUUUAUGUGUACAAGACAUAUGGUUUGUUGACACGUUUGAAAUUUCUCCAAUCAAAGUUACUUUUAAUUUUAUUUAAUCUGCAGAUGUUUUUCUUAGCAUGUUGAUAAAGAGAUAUGUGUUUACAAUAUUUAACCAAUCAAGGGAGCAUUAAUAAAGAAAAAGUAAUUUCAUAACUUGCGAGCGUUUUUUCCUUCUGCAUAACUUUUUAAAAUACUCGGCAUUACCAAUGCUUUAUCAAGUUAUGUUGCAUUGAACCAAGAUGGACAAUAAAAGAACAAAGUUUCUGCAACAAAAAUUAAAAAAAGACUCCAAUGCAGAUAAUAGUGCAGGUGUAUACAGAGACAGUAGUUGUGUCUCGGAUGUUUAGCUCGCUGUAUUAGAAAAAUCUGUGUAGAAUUACUGGAGUUGUCAUGUUCUUUUUUAGUCUUGUACGAGUACAGUAAUAAUAGGAAAUUCUGUCCCAGAUGUCCUUGUACUUUGCUGUUUGGAGGUGAUGCCAAAAAAUAGCGUGUCUCCUCACAAACAUUCAAAACCGUUGCAGCAAAGCUGUUAGCACAACCUUUUACUGACAGAACAAGGAGGGAACUUAUAUUUGGGCAAAGUAAAUGUAUGUAUGUGUGUUUGUGAAUAGAUACUCUUUAAUAGCUUUAUCCUGUUGUGAUUAUCCCACAUGAUAAUGGACCGAAAAUUAGAGAAAAUGUACGGUAAAUUUGAAGCCGGCCAGUAGCCAGCAGCACAUGAAAACCUGAGGUUGGAGGAGGAGGAGGUUGGGUGGGAUUGGAGGAGAUAAAUACAUUUUAAAGUUUCUUAGUCGAAUUUUAAUAGAGCUUCACUUUCACUAGCUAGAGUUUAGCUUCUGCUUUUGUGCAAGUGACACACAGAAAGAAAUGGUAGUCGGCAAAAGAAAUCGGAAAUCAGGUUCUGUUGGCUUUCUGAUGAGGUCUAUGUACACCUGCUGUCCAUGUUUUAAAUCAACACAAUUUUAUGCAGAUUACGCUUUUGCAAGGAUAAACACAACAGUCAAAGGCCAGCCAUUGCAUGACGCAAUAGUAACACCAAGCUAGAUAAUGAGCUUCUGCAUGACUGCUAUCUAAAUUACUGGCACACAUCUAUAGGGAUGGAGUUAGCACUCUUGCGUUUGCUGCUUUGGUGCGCUGUCAUAACAGUCUAAAGCCUUAUUUCUUGAGGGUGGCAUUUUGCCAGCUCUUAUGAAUGACAACUUGGUGAUUAUGCAUGUUGAUAGGUAUUCUGUGUAAAUAUCGGUUACAACAGCCCAGCUAGAACAGAGACUGUGUUUUGUGUUAUGGUCUGUUGCCAGAAAGUAAAUACCAAAUUAGUCCUUGCUGUUGGGACCGUUUGAAGAAGUGGGGCAGUUGUCAUUGAGUUCUGAUCGUCCUAAGUCAGUUUUUUGUUGAUUUUAUUUUCAUUGCGUUUUCUGGCACCUUUACAGUCCCUCUUAAAACUUAUUGCGCUUCACAGCAAGUGUAGGCAAAACGCUUACGAGAAAACAGCAUUUUUUUUUAAGAGGCAACUUCUGCCAUUUUUUUCAAAUGCUGUGUCCAGGUUGUGUUGUUUUUUGGUGUUGAGACAUACAAUGCACACACAUUUUUCUGUAGUAUGCUGAGCUAGUGAAUGUCAUGUUGGGUUAUUUGGUUUUUUUCACCUCCGAUAAUGGCAUUGCUGCUGUGUUGCCUGAGCCAGACAUGCAGAGGCAUUUCUUGGACACCGCACAGCCUAUGGCCAGCCAACAGGACUUGCCGGCCAAGACCCUUAGUCUCUUCAUUGGUUGGUUUUAGGUUGAACUUAAAAACAAACAACUUUUUCAGCCUGAUUUUGACAGGCUAUGUGGAUGCUUGUGAUUUCAUCAUUGUAUCCUUGUUGUCCACUGUAUGAAUUCAUUGUUUUGAUCAUAUUGUCUGGGCCGAUAGAAGAAAAUCAGCAAGACUUUAGUAGACAUAACAGGUUCACUCUAAACAGAGGUUAAAAAGUUGGAAAGACUAUGUUUUGGAUUUGAAAAGGCGUUUGUUUACUGGCAGAUUGCGUGUGCGUUUCACAUCGUCACAUCACUUGAGUACAGUAGACGUUAUAACGAAUGUGCUGUGGCCGCUUUACUGGCUAUUAGACUUACCAGUACGUGUCACUAAUAAACAUAUUGAACAACA